AAACAACAAAAGCAAAUAUUAAAAGAGGCCGGCUACGUACGACUUUUGUGAGAUAAUAUAUUUGAGAGAUUCGAAACUCAUAUUAUUAAACAUCCCAAAUAUACCUAAGGGAGUAAAUAUUUAAAAAAGAAAACGAAACGGCCAGAAAAUUGAAAAAUUAAAAUUUAAAACAAUAAUUGAAAAUGAGGAUAAAAAUGCAUGAGGAAGCAAAGGAAGAAGACAGAAGACGAGAAGAGAUGGAAAAUGGGAAUGGAGAAGGAAAGCGAGAGUUCAUAAACCAAAACAAUAACGGUUUCUUUGACUCCAUGUCAAUGCUUUCCUCUCUUCCUCCUCCCUGGGGCUCAUCUCUUCCCCCUUCUCCUCCUCCUCCGCAUUCACUCCUCCACGCUCUCACCGUCCCCGACAAGUUCCAUCAACCUCAGGAGUCUGGUGGUCCAACAACGGGUAGCCAAGAUGGGUUGCAGCAUGCACAAGGGACAGUGUCGACCACCACGAGCCCACCUGUGGCCCGCCAAAAGCCAAGGGUGCGAGCCAGGAGAGGCCAAGCCACUGAUCCUCACAGCAUCGCUGAACGGUUGAGAAGGGAACGCAUUGCAGAGAGGAUGAAGUCUCUCCAAGAACUGGUUCCCAACACCAACAAGACGGAUAAGGCAUCAAUGCUGGACGAGAUCAUUGAGUAUGUUAGAUUCCUUCAGCUUCAAGUCAAAGUACUAAGCAUGAGCAGACUGGGAGCUGCAAGAGCAAAUGGUCCACGCCUCAAUGGUCUCACCUCCGAGGUAGGAGGACGGCUCAACGCACUCUCAGUACCAUCCAAUGGCGUUGUAAAUGGGAAUGGAAACGCAACAGGAUCAUCCAAUGAGAGCCUACGGUCAACGGAACAGAGGGUGGCGAAACUGAUGGAAGAAGACAUGGGAUCAGCAAUGCAGUAUCUUCAAGGGAAGGGGCUUUGUCUAAUGCCCAUCGCUCUCGCAACUGCAAUGUCAUCUUCAUCUGCUCACUCUCGUGGAGCUCUCUUCAACCCGACCUCAAAUAUCGUAGCAACAGAGGAGGCAAAUGUAGUAGUAGCAGCUGCACCUGAAGCCUCCUCCCCUAUGGAUGAUGUCUCUGCCUCUAACAAGGCCUAAACCAUAGGAUCUCUCAUUGUUUCUUCAUUUUUUUUCCAUUUAAAGUCAAAACAUUAAUAUCCAUUAUGUAUCUGCUAUUUUCACUGUUAAGGAUUAAAUAAUAAAAAAUACUUACAACAUGUACAACAACGAACAUAACCGACAAGGAAGAAACCAUACAGAACAGAGGUUGGUGGGACCGAAAACUAAGAGACAUGCGUCCCACUACUUUUUGUCAACGUUGCUAGCAUUUGGGCAAUCGAAUGUAACCUGAAACAGUAUAAUAUUCCAUUCAAGUUGAAGCACCCCACUUUCUACAAGUUAUUAUAUUCAGGCUCAAGUUCAUUAACCUACGCGGCCAUUUGAAUACCAUUAGUGAAAAUAGGGCUUAUACAUUAGAGGCAGAGGAAGAUACAUAAGUAAACCAAGUCAAUGACUCACUCACUGAUUCAGCAGACUCUUUAAACAAAAUAAUCAUUUAUAUAUCAGGCAAAGAAGAAUCAGGUUCCUUCAAAAGCACACAUUUAUUAUUCCCAUGUUGUAGGCUUACACAACUCAAAUAAAGACGAGAGACUUUAAGGGAUAAUAAAAAAAAAGUCGGCAAAGAAAACGAGUCAUAUGCUUCAGGAACAGUAAGUGCUACCAAGAGAUUACUCAGUGAUCUUCCUCUUCCUCUUCC